CACAAAUGUUCCCUGAGGAACAAAAUGUCGAAGAAAGCCGACUUGUUGAGUGGUAUCGAUGAAGAAGACCAAGAAAACCAACCACCUGUGUUCAAAGUGUUUGGUUACGGGUCUCUUCUAUGGAAAGUGAACUUUAAUUAUUCUAGUCGUGAUCAUGGUCAUAUCAAAGGGUUCCAGAGAAAAUUCUGGCAGAACAACAAGACUCAUCGUGGGACGGAAGAAAAGCCCGGACGAGUAGCCAUUCUUCACGAAGCUGAAGAAGACAAAACACUCAGCGGUGUGAUGUUUACCAUUAAGGGUGCAUCAGACAUUGAGGAUGCCAAACAGAAAUUGGAUACACGGGAAACAGUGCUGGGUGGUUACAUCUCAAUUCAGACCACGUUCUACGAUGAAUAUGGUGUCCAGUCCGAGGUCACUGUAUUUACAGCUACCCCUGACAAUGACCUCUAUGUGGGACAGAUUUGUGAUCAUCCUCAUGAUGACGUAGAACACAUAAGUACACAGGUUGUCGGUGCCCAAGGCCGCGCUGGAACCAAUGCAGAAUACGUCAUCAAACUGGCAAAUUAUGUUAGAAGACAUUUUCCAAACGAGGACGACGAACAUUUAUUUUUGCUCGAGAAAAAAGUCACCGAAAAAUUGAGAAAUCGUUCGCGGACAAUUCAAAUCAACUACGAUCAUAUGAAUGAUAUUAAUCAUCAUGAUAUUUGA